GUAUGUAUAUACAUGUACUCGAUCAUGUGAAAACAUAAACAAAACAUGAAAGGCUUUCUAGUGGUUGAUAGACUCAAUGACAUUCAUUUUAUUGACACGGACAAGGAAUUUGCAAGGCACAUAAAUCAACAGGCCAAGGAAAAUGGGCUACUUUCUGAGGACACAACUGAGCUGUACACAGUGGACCCUAAUGUUGUCAUGCAGCAUUUCUCUCCCUUGUUUAUGUCACAGUGGUUCAUGAUAGACCAUUCAAGGAACCCGUGUUCUUCUAUCACAUGUGAUAAUAACUUCCUUUUUGUUUUUAAACAUUUUGAUGAUUUUCUGAUUGUCGCAAUCAACGGCGAUGGCACUGAGAGUGAAGACUUCUUGGAGCGUAAGGCGCUCGUGUUCAUGCGUCUGACUGGCUUCCUGCUGGGACCUGUCAGUGAUGAGAUAGGGCGCCCCCGUUUUAUUGAGAAGUCAGAGAGAUGGCACUACCUACGUAUCAUGAUGUCCACGUGGUCUUUCCUGGCAAAGAAUGAACAAGCUUUCCUUGUAGAGGCAGUAGAGAAGCUGCACAUGAACCAGAUGGUGAGCGAGAUGUGUGUUGACGUGCUCCGGCGCAUUGUGACGCGGAUGCAGGAGGCCGGGGAAACCCGUACCCAGCAUGCACUGCUCCUCAUCAACAGCAAACUGCUCUCACUCUACUCCAACCAGAAUGCCAGUGAGUUACAGGCCAGUGAUGUGCUGUGUAUCAUUAUCAUCGUCCGCAGUCUCUUCCCCACCCACGACAGACUGGAGGACUUGUUUGCUCAGUCUUAUCGACCCAUCGAUGGACAGACACUUGGAGUGGAUGCCAGAUCACCAGCUGCUGUGAGACUGGGAAGGACACAACGGGAACGCUUUGUGAGUGCAGCAGAAGGGUUCAACACUGGGGAAGAGACGGAAAAUGAACAAUAUUACUCUGCAAUGGAAGGAAAAAGCAAGGAGGAAAUGGAAGACCAAGGCAAAAAAGAGAGUGUUUUGUCACUGGAUCGACUUCUGCUUGAAGACUCUGACUCGGGAGCCUCCACCCCCUACCCAGAAGUCUCUGAUAUAUAUUUAACACCGACCACUUGCCCUGCCAUCAUGCAUGACAGAAUGGGUAUGUCUGCUCGUCCAGGAAGUGGGUCAGGGUGGAGUGCCCAGGGGUCAUCCCCGGCCCCCAGUCCUGAGGCAGGCACAGGUUUAUUUCGACCCAGGAGUCACACUGCGGGCGAGGUGGAAGGUCAUAGCUUGGAGAGCAAGGCCACUGGUGGCACUCAAAUGGGAAACGUGAAAAGUAGCAGUUUUGGAGAACUGAAAAAGAAAGGUCUGUCCUGCAGUCAGAGAUGCUUGUCAGAAAGCCGUCUGUGUGAGGAUGUGGUGAAACAGGAAGUGGAUGUUCCCAUCAUGCCAGAGGACACAGACUAUGUGAAGCAGACGGUGUUCCUGGCAACCUCCCAGUGUCGCUGGUCCCCCUGUCAGAUCCACUGCCGCAGGCUGUACCCUGGCAUCAUCCUGGUGGUUCUCACUGAGAUGCCCAAGAAUUCCCUGGCCCCCAAGCUCGUUGAGCUGAUGCAGCUUUUCAAGCAGCUCAUAUCUGAACAAAACGAGGGUCUGGAGAAACGACGCGUGGAACUGCUGUACCAGGCGAUAGGUAGUCAACUGAAGAAGGUCUUCUUAGCUCUUAGAAAAGCAAAGGGCCAGCUGGAGAAACUUUGCCUUGAUAUCAACAAGAAGUGGGACAGUGAGGAGACGAAAAAAGGAUUUAUGUCUUACCUGGAGCAGACGGCCUCCGCAAACAUGCCUUCCAGUUUAGAACGAUUGCUCAAGUACCUGCGGUCCAAGCUGAUGGAGAUAUUUGUGUGUCUGUACCACGAACCGCGACCUUUGACCCAGAAUACAGUUGAGGCAUUGACCUUUGCAGCUGACCUUUUCAUGCAGAACCUUGGUGACUACAAGGACUACCUUGUUGUGAAGGCUCAACGAAACAUCACCAUGACAACCUACAUUGAAGAUUUCCCAGGUCUGGUACACUUUUACGUAACCGAAGACGAUCACGUGAUCGCUCCCGCCCUGAACAUCACACACGAGGAUAACUCAGGUGUCUUGGACGCGACACAGUUGCUCAAAGAAAAGAUCUGGUCCAUGACGUCAUGGCUGCUUACCAAGCUACACAAUGGCUACACGAUGAUAUCGGCCAGAGAGGGAGACUACCAUUUCUCAUAUUUCAUAUGGUUCGAAAACGUAAACGGUGACCCAGAGGUGGCACAGAGACCGUACAGGGCGGACUGUACUGCCCCACCACCCGGAUUACUCACGGGCAACUUCUACAAGUACUUCAUGCACAAGUGUUUCCCUAACGACGUAUCACGUGCCGUGCACUGUAACGAGCUCUUCAUGAUGCACGUGGGGCUUGUGAACACGCAGUACAUAGCGGGGCAUUGUCGACAGCUGGCGGCAAAGCUGUACGAGACUGCCGGAGAUGACGUCAUGACGGCCUCAAGUAUAUUCGGCAGCUAGCUUCACCAUGUUAUCAUGUCAGCGUCCGUUGACAGACCAGUUCUGUAAUUCGACCUGUCUGUAAACCGACGCGAAUAAUAGUUGGCUAAACGUAUAACUUCCGAAACGGGUUUUCUAACGUUGUUUUACCAGCUGUUUAUCAAUAAGAUAUCUAUAAACAACUCACAGUAAUUUUACUUAAUUAAAAAUACUCAUGUUUUGUUUUACAAGUAUGUAUACUUUUCUGUGUCUAUAAAAGCCUAACAUUUUUAUGACAUGCACCUGAAAAUUAAUACUUUGAUUUUUUUCUAUUUUUGCGCCAGUUUGGUAAUGAUUCGACAACAAUGUCUCAGCUAAUUUUACAUUAAUAAAUGCGUAUUUUGCGUUAGGCAUAAACAAUCCAACCCAUAAUGUACAUCGUGGUCUGAGUGUUGUUCAUGGACAUCGUUUUCAUGUAAUCUAGGCAACUGAUCCAGCUGUGUGCUCUAGUCCACGGUUUAUUAGCACCCCGUCGUUCAAGUUGUUUUGAUAAGUAUGCGAUCAUGAUUUACUUAUAUCGUUGUUGUAAUAUGUUUGUAAAUUUUUUAUAUUCAUGUAUUAUAAGUUAAAAAUAAAAUGUUGUUGACUGUU